UCAACUCAAUAGGGAUUGUUAUGGAGAAUAUCUAUAUCCUCAUUUUCCUUGUCUUUGCAUCAAAUCAAGCUAAGCGUCACACAUUAUUGAAGGAAUAUUUUCUAUGCAUGGGAGGAUUCUCUUUAAUUUUUCUGGUCUCAUGGUAUCUAUUCUCCGAUGUGGCUCGUGUAAACAUUGUUGGAUGGAUUAAUAUGGCCAUCUCCGUGGCUGCUUUGGCUUCACCCCUUAACAUAGUGCUUCAUGUACUUCAAACUAGAAGUGCGGAGUUGCUGCCAAUCUACUUCUCCUUCUUCUUCACAUUGAGUGAAAUUAUGUGGUGCAGCUAUGGCUUGUUACUGAAGGACUUUUAUAUCGCGAUGCCAAACAUCUUUGGAUUUUUCUUGGGAUUCAUACAAAUUUGGUUGUAUGUGAUCUACUGGGGACCAAAUUCAAUUGCACCAGAAAAUGAAAAUGUGGCUGAUGAUCACGUAAUGGAUGCGGAGAUGUUAAGGAUGCCUGAUCAAUUGGUGCAAAAUGUGGAUUCUAGGAGAAGUUUAAGCGAUGGUGAGACUGAAACGAACUCGGAGGCUAAUUGA